AUGUCGGCGUUUGCUGUUGCUGACGAGCAGAUCGCCCACUUGCGCAUUGAGCGUGCUGAGUGCAUGGCGGAUGAUCUGGAAGUCGGGGAGCACAUGUCCACUUGGAGCGACAAGCAACUUGUCGCCUACUUCGAGUCAGGAGGCAUGGAGGCGCGCUGCACGAGCAGCGAGUCGGCCAAAGAGCGCUCCGAAACAAGUGUCGCAUCCGAGACUACGGGGUCUGAGUGCAAUUGGUCGUACACAGAGCCCGGUGAGACUGGCGACGCUGUCGAGGGGGCGCUCUUGGUGGGCGGGGACGACGCCUCAGGAUCCGACGAGCAGGACGGGGCGGCGGACAGUCGUGAGAACGACCGCAUGCGCGGGCUCCGUCCUCUCGAGUGGGCCACGUGCGAUUUGCUGCAGGCCGUGCUUGAGGAUCGCAUGCCAGACGACGAGAUGGCCAUGCAGCGGAUCGUCCUCCUCGACGUGUCUGCAGCCCAGCUCGUCAAGCUGGGCGACUACGACCAGCAGUACGAAGCUCUCUUCAGCGGGCCACAGUGCGCCGGGAUGCGCGCAAGGCUCCAGUCAGCAGAGCUGGUCAUCGCACUGGUCAAUGACAACGACGAUGCGGAGGUGGCUCUCGGGGGUGGCCACUGGUCGGCGGUGGCAUGGCGCCGCUCGUCGUGGCGAGACGGCAUGUUUUUGGUCGAGCACUAUGACCCGUCCGGCGACGUCGAGAUCAAUGCAGAUGCCGCUGGCCUUUUCGGUGCCGCGCUUGCGGAGCGCCUUACCGAGCUCUGCGAGCUCGAGCUCGAGCGCACCGAGAUAUGGCGCAUGCCAGCACCUAUGCAGCACGACCCCUGCGUAUGUGGCCUGACAGCAGUGGCCUAUCUGCAAGCCUUGGUUGCCGACCACACUGCGGCACGCGGCGCAGGCUUGGUGGCGGCCGCGCUCUCGGGCCCACCCGCCUCUCCACCUGGGGUGCAGGGGCUCAGCUGGGAGGACACCGAGGCAACACGGCGCGCGGCAGCCGAGGCGCACGCGCCGCUCCUCCUCGACGAGAUCGACGCGUACACAGAGCGGCUGCGUGAGUCGUGCAAGCCGGUGGUGGGCCGGCUGUGCUCGCAGCGCUGUGAGGUCGUCUUUGACGUGUUCGAGGAUGGCGACGAGGUCUUUGACGAUGGGAGUGGCCUCGGCCCUCGCGACCCCGAGCUCGAGGCGCUCCUCGACGCGUGCGAAGUGGCAGCGACCACGAGCCGAUUGCUUUGUCGGAAGACCACGCUUGCAGUGGCGAUCGCGCUCUGUCUCCACGACCGGCCGGCGUUCCUCUCGAAGCUUCGCGAGCUUGGCGUGUCGCAUUUACGCGAGCGGCAGGCCAUUGCCAACGCUAUCGGGCGCGGCGUGCGCAAGGGGUUGCUCGCAUCUGAACAAGGUUGA